AUGAAAAUCACUAAAAGUACAAUCAUUUUCCUCUUAUGCAUUCUUAUCGCCUCUGGCGUUAUUGCCCAAGCACCAACAGAAACAGCUUCCGCUGCCGCUAAGGCUCCUGGUGCUCCAACUGGUCCUCCAGCUGGUGCUCCAACUGGUGCUCCAGGUGCUCCAGGUGCUCCAGCUGGUGCUAGUGGUUCCGCCGCUGCCCCUGCUGCUACUGGUGCUGGUGCUCCUGCUCCUGGUGCUACUGGUGCUGGUGCUCCUGCUGGUCCCCCACCUAGUGGUGGUCCCGCUGGUCCCGCUCCUAGUGGUGCCCCUAAGUCCGGCGGUCCUCCACCUUCAGCAUCUGGAUCUUCAGCAGCAGCCUCUCCUACCAAAGCAUCAGCUGCUUCAAGCGUUCGCGUUGGCAACUUUGAAAUGAUCAUUG